CUCUCUCUCUCUCUCUCUCUCGCUCGUGUCAGCCCCCUCCCCCUCGCACAACUCCAGCUGCCUACACUUGCACAAGGCCGCCCGCGUUCCUCCAAUUCCUUUCUCUCAUACCUAUCCGCUCGCUCGCUUGUGCCAACCACCACCACCAACACCGCCCAACCACAACAACGCCAACACAGCUGACACGCCCGCCAGCACAGCAACUGCUGCUCCUGCUCCGGGAAAUGAAUACCAACUACUGGACCUUACCUAGUACUACUACCACCACUACUGUUACUACUACUGCGUACUACGACGCCAACGACACCUCGUCCCCGCCAUCGACGCUCCAUCCCUAACCACCUCAGACACUCGGCUGCUACCCACAUCCUCGCCACCCUCCCCUCGGCCCUCCUCCUCCUCCUCCGCCUCCGCCUCCGCCUCCUCUCGCGCCCAUCGCGCGCGCGCGCCAGCCCGCCGCCGCCUCCGCCGCCGUCCGGGGUGACCCUCGACACACACACACGACGCCUGGCCCGCCCUCCCUCCCUCCCUCCUCCCUCCUCCCUGCCUCCAAGCAUCUCGGCGGCCCUCGUCCCCAAUCAACGGCCUGAGUCAAAAUGUAACAGGCCCCACAGUCCAUCCGCGACACUACUACGACACUCCCUACAAUGCAGCCGCAGCCGCAGCCGCCGCCGCCGCCGUCGGCCUCGUCGACACGGCCGCAGCACCGGCCUCCCGGCAGCUUCUCCCCCUUGCCGAACGGACCCACGAGCCCGUCCGUCCAGGCCUCGUCGGCCGCCUUCUCCUCGUAUCAUCACCAUCACCCUCACCAGCAGCAGCAGCAGCAGCAGCAGCAACAGUCAGGGCCCCCGCGACGUCCGCCUCCCUUGCGCAUCGAUUCCUCGGGCAGCGACGACAGCAGCGGCCUAGGCAUCUCCAAGACGCGCCGGCAGCGCGCUGACUCCCCGGCCACGCCCAUAUACAGCCAGUUUGCAAGCUCCAACAGCUCCUCCUCCACUCUGCAGCAACAGCAGCAGCAGCAGCAGCAAUACCACCACCACCACAACUUCUCUCGCCCUGCGGCUGCCGCUGGCGCGCGGCUAGUGACGCCUAGCCUGUCCGCGGCGCCGCUGCUCAAGGGCCACUCGAGGAAGCACUCGGCCACGCAGGGCCUCUUCGACUCGACCCUGCCGUCGACGUCCACCUCGAACCUGUCCCAGCUGAGCAUGGCCCAGUCGAGCCAGGCGGCGGCGGCGGCAGCAGCAGCGGCCGCGUCCUCAAACGCCUCGUCCCUCUCCGCCAGCCAGAUGGCGGCCAAGGCGGCCGUCAUGUCGCACCAAAACACCGCGUCGCACGUGCGCCAGCGAUCUCAGACUGUCCCCUUCCCCGGCGGCGAACCCAACGACGCCCAGAGACGCGGCAGCGCCGGCAAAGGCCCAAUGAGCCCUCCCGUCCUGAGCCUCACAGAGGCGAGCGCCCCCCGCGACUCGUACUUUGCGACCGCCGCCGCCAACCACCACCAGCAACAUCACCAGCAAUACCAGGACCGGCACGUCUCGCACUCCCCCGCCGCCACCGCGGCCGCCAACGUCGUCUUCCCUCGAUCUGGCCACAACUCGCCCAGGGACAAGUCGAUCUCACCCCAGCCUUUCCCGCCCAUGCCCCCCCAACAGAUCCCUCCUCCCGUGCCGGACAAGGAGAAGCCGCUCCCCAAGCCGGAAAAGUCAAAGGUGAAGCUCUUCUCGCGCCCCAGCAAGAUCAGCAUCACCAAGGGCGACACAAAGGACAAGGCCCUGCCCAGCCCCGGCAAGAUUGGCAGCGCCCUCUCCGUCCUCCAGCGCGGCAACUUUAGCACCAGCAGCCUAGUAGACCCCCCGAACCCCUCCCUAUACAGCCUCAACAACUCGUCUUCAGCGACAAUCCGGCCCAUCGACUCUCUGACCGAGGACAAGGGCAAGGAGAAGGAGAAGAAGCACCACUUCCUCUCGCGGCAGAAGCAAAAGCUCAAGGAUGAAUAUCACCUCCCGCUGUCCUCGGCGGCGAGCAACUCGAAGCCGACGGACCCCAACGCGCCCAGCAGCCUGUACAACUUCAACGUCCCCGCCAGCCCCGCCCCGGGGGGCUCCAGCUUCGUCAAGGCCAAGAAGGACAAGAAGCUGGCGGAGCGGUCGGAGAGCCGCAUGGACACGGAGUCUCCCUUUGGUCUGCAGGGCGACGGAGCACUGCCGUCCCUGUCCCAGCAGUCGACGCUGUACGACCCCGUCGACCCGGGGAGGCUCGGGCUGCAGAACCACGUGUCCCUCGACGACGCCUGGCCCUACCUCAAGGCCAAGCUGCUCGUCAUCUUCGAGGGCGAGGACCUGCGCCUCCCCGUCGAGGACUUCAACCGCGUGGUGCAAAUGCACAUCAAAUGGUGCAUCCACAAGAGGUCCCCGACCGGCAUGCUCGACGACAUGCGCGACCUCCUCGCCACCGGCUUCUCGUCCCUCGACCGCACACUGCGUCUGACGCCCGAGGACCGUUUCGUUCCGACCCUUGUGGAGCUGUGGCUCUUCACCUUCACCUCCAUCCUGCCCUACAUGCAGUCCGUCUUCUUGCCACUCGACCUCGAGGUCUCCGGCCGCGGCAUUAUCAUGACGCCCGAGCAGGCCCGUGACUUUUGGGGCGGCAUCGUGACGGCGGCUCCCUCGGCGGCGGGGCGUCCGGUGCGUGUCGCCCCCGCGGGCGGCGCCCUCGACGUCCGGCGCCUGGUCCUGACGGCGUUCCGCGACAUCGUCAUCCUCCCCCGCUACGACUCGCUCAAGAGCAUGUUCUCGCGCCUGUCGCUCGAGUUUCUGCCCUCGUCGUACGCCAACAUGGCGCUCGCCUCCCCGCCCCCGCUCGACGCCAACCUCAACAACCUCUCCUCAUCGCCUUCCGAGUCCUUCACGAGCAUGGCCCGCCCCGGCACCGCCAUGUCCCUCGACCCCUCGGUCGGCUCCUACAACUCCACGAGCACCACCCUCCUGGGCGACGGCUCCGAGCGCGGCCGCAGCCGCGCCGUCAGCAACGUCAGCUUUGGCAGUCACGGGAGCGACGGCGCCGCCGCCGGGGCCGUGCGGCCUUACACCCCCUCGGGUGGUGGCGGUGGCAGUGGCGUCGUACAGGUCCUCAGCAGCGUGCGCGAGCAAAACGUCGACGACUCCAAGCAGGUGACCGACAUGGUCGGCCGCAUGCUGCAGUGCAUGAGCGUCCUGUCCGGCCUGGGCAGCCUGGGCGACGCCGACGACGAGGGCAACAGGAAGGUCGUCGAGCUCUGCAAGAUGCUCAAGCUCAAUUGGCUGGGCAGGGGCAGGACGGGCCGCAACCGGAGGGGCAUCGUCGGCGGACGCGUGAGGCGGGACGACCUGAGAGAGGAGGUGCGCGUGAUUUAACAAUGACAACUACGAAGUGUCACGACGUGAUGUAUGAGAGACAGGGAUGACGGUCUGUUUUGUAUUUGGCAUGACUACGAGAUUCCAUGGUUUUGGGGAGUUGUGGUCUAGGAUAGGCAAGCCCAAUACUAAGAGGCAGCACGGUUGUAAAAGGUUCACGCAAGAGGCACACUGGGCUUGAAUGGUCAUGAUUAUUGUCUUCUCUCUUGUAAACAUUGGAAUAGCUGUUACGAAACAUGCACGCGGUGGGACCUAAAAACAUCUUUGUCGAGUUAGCCUCGUUGUCUUGUCCAGAAGUGGAG